GCUAGAUCCAAGCUGACCAUGUCACACAAAAUUGUGGGACCCAUGUUGCUCGUAACAAUCCUGUUCAGCAUUGCACCGCAGGAGCUACUGGCACGCAAUUUGGUCUGCACAGAAAAGCCGGAAGCGUUCUGGCAGGAUGAGCCCGAAUCGUGGUGCCUGAUCGAGGAUGUGGACCUGGAGGAAUCGUCUGAAGAUAUCAACUUUCCCGAAGUGACCAAAAUCUAUUUGCGGAACUUCAACGUAUCGUACCUCUCGCCAACCUUGCUGUUCAAAAUGAAAAGUGUUCAACAUUUCGCGGUGGAACAUUGCACGAUGACAAAGUUGUUUCUGAAACCAACGCUCAGCAGUAUUGAAAUAAAGAACAGUAACAUAUCGGAGGUGAUCAUCGACAAGGACAGCAACUAUGAGUUGCUGAAUUUCAGUUUGGACGGUAUCUAUCGCAAGACGUUUCCGAAUAAUUUCAUCAGGUUGACCCAUUUGGAAGAGCUAUCGAUUCGGCACAACGAUCUGCCCAAAUUCAACAUGCGACAGUUGCACGGAUUGGUAAAGUUGAAAACUUUGGAUUUAAGUUACGACAGGGUAGAGCAGUUGAUCAUUCCGGAAGCGUUAAAUCUGCCUAAUUUGAAGGAGUUGUAUUUGGCGGAAAAUAGUCUGCAGAAAGUACCGGUGAGCAUUCGGAGAUUAAAAACGUUGGAAAGUUUGAACUUGCAUUCGAAUCAAAUUGCGUUCCUGGAGAUGAGUCACUUCAACGGGUUAAAUCACUUGAAAAAGUUGGUUCUCAGUGGAAACAAGCUUCAAAUAAGCACCAUGGAGCCGGUUCAUUUGUCAAGUUUGGAAAAGCUGGAGAUGAUUGGGUGUGGGUUGAAGGAGUUGGAUAUGCUGUACUGGAAGAUGCCGGCAUUGAAAUAUUUCAAUGUUUACGAUAAUAGCCUAGUCGCGAUCAACAACUUCCCGGAAAGUUUUACCAAAGAAUUGGUUUUCGUUCCAGUUGGAAACCGCUGGAGUUGUUUGAAGCUGGAAACGAUUAGUAACAAAGUGACUAUCAAAGUGAAAGAAAGAGAUCACUAUUGCGAGCACAAGGUGGCGGACAUUUGCUGCAAUGGAGGAAACAUUGACUUCAAUUUGGUGGACACGCUGGACCGAAAAGUGCAGAUGCUAAAAUUUCAAAAUUCUAUUCUCUACGAGAAGCUCGAAAUGACCAACGAAAAGCUGGAGAAGGUGAUUGGCGUUGUCGAUCAGCGAGUGGUCUGAAGGCGUUUUAGUUCGACUGAAAAUGUAUUUCAUCAUCUUUUUUUUUAUCUUUUGGCAAAUAUAGCAUGCGAUUGGUUACUGGUGUCUUAUA